ACAAAACCACACCGAGAUUCAAUGCAAUGCCAUAGACUGCUGGCUUUUUAAAAAGUAAAACAAAUAUAUUUUAUUACUGACACGAGAAAGAUGGAUUAUAAAACUGUUUUUUGUGCUUUACUCUAUGCUUUGUGGGUGAUUUCUGUCAACGCCCAACCCUGGAAUACUUAUAUACCGUGUAACAAGACUACCGACUGCCUUCUCGACUUCCUAUGUUGUCGUGAUGCCGAAGGGAACCUUCCAUGGGGCGACGGUGGAGGGUUACCAGAUGAUGGUAUCAUAGUAGGAGGAACGUGUUGGUAUGGCCCAAGCAGACCCGGAACAGUAUGCUCGGAACAAUGCGGGUGUGGAGACGGUUACACAUGCUACAGGACGGUCACCGGCGCGUGCUGUCCGCCGACCACGUGCUGGGACGCAGCGGAAGCUGCAAAGGACAAGGCAUAUUGGGAAAACUGCUUCAAUGAUCCCGACUGCUUCUUCCCGCCAGUCGCAAACCCGGGUAGUUAAAUGCGAGAAAUGAAUGGCAUACGUGAUAUAAAUGAGAUGGCAUAUUCGUAUAAUAUUUAUGUGUUUUUGACUUAAACUAAAGUAUUAGUCUUAUUCACUGAUUUUAUUGUAUUUGCACAAAGCUAACAAACCAUAUUUUUUGUGUUGAUCUUAAUAUUAGUGAAAGUUACAGGAAUUAAGAAUGAAGGCCAUUAAAAAAAGUCAUAUUUGA